AUGGCGGCCACGUUGGGUUCCCUCGUUUCAUACGAUGCCGACUCCGACUCAGAUAGUGGGACAGAAUCAGCACCUGAGCCUCAGAAAGUGGACCCAGAUGCUACAUCACAUUUACAACCGUUAAAAGCAGGGAAAACGAUGUCUCUGGCAGUUUUAAACUCUGCCCCUGAAGUUGCAGUAAAGGAGGAUGUUGAAACAGGCUCUCAUUUGGACCCCGCUCUGAAAGAGGUCACCUACAACCCAGCAUAUGAAACCAUGUUCGCGCCCGAGUUUGGCCCAGAGAACCCGUUUAGAACCCAACAGAUGGCGGCGCCCAGGAACAUGCUGUCUGGAUAUACAGAGGCCGCGCAUGUCAACGAUUUCAUGUUCGAACAGCAGAGGAGGACAUUUUCCACCUUUGGCUAUGCAUUGGACCCGUCCGUGGACUCCAGUCAGGUGUCGGCCCACCAUUACAUUGGAGCUGUGGACGAGGCGGAGAAGAACAAAGGACAGACGGUGUUUGAGACUGGGCCUAAGAAGUCUGAGAAGAGGAAGAAGGUGAAGGGAGGGGAGGCGGGGGACCUGGAGGCUUUCCUGGGGCCCUGGGCCAAGUACCAGGACGAGAAGGAGGGGGCCAAGCCCUCAGAGGAGGAGCAGAAAGAGCUGGAUGAGAUUCUUGCGAAGCGGCAGAAGAAAGGACGAAACGAGGAGGAGGCUCCAGCGGAUGAGAAGACUAUUCUUCAUGUUAAGGAGAUGUAUGACUACCAGGGCCGCUCCUAUCUGCACGCUCCGCAGGACGUGGGCAUCAACCUGCGCUCAGGGGAAGCUCCCGACAAGUGCUACCUCCCCAAGAAGCAGCUGCACGUAUGGACCGGACACACCAAGGGCGUCAGUGCAAUCCGCUUGUUUCCCAACUCUGCUCAUCUGUUGCUCUCCGCCUCCAUGGACUGCAAGAUCAAGUUAUGGGAGGUCUAUGGCGAUCGCCGAUGUUUACGGACAUUUAUCGGUCACAGUAAGGCUGUGCGAGAUGUCUGCUUUAACAACUCUGGUACCCAGUUCCUCAGCGCUGCCUAUGACCGCUACAUCAAGCUGUGGGAUACUGAGACUGGGAAGUGCAUAGCUCCCUUCACCAACAGGAAGGUGCCGUACUGUGUCAAGUUCAACCCGGACGAGGACAAGCAGGACCUCUUUGUGGCCGGCAUGUCCGACAAGAAGAUAGUACAGUGGGAUAUCCGCAGUGGCGAGGUGGUGCAGGAGUACGAUCGCCACCUGGGGGCCGUCAACACCAUCACCUUCGUGGACGAGAACCGUCGCUUCGUCAGCACCUCCGACGACAAGAGUCUCCGCGUCUGGGAGUGGGACAUUCCGGUUGACUUCAAGUACAUUGCUGAGCCCAGCAUGCACUCCAUGCCCGCCGUCACACUCUCACCCAACGGUAAGUGGCUGGCGUGCCAGUCCAUGGAUAACCAGAUCCUGAUCUUCGGGGCCCAGAACCGCUUCCGCCUCAACAAGAAGAAGAUCUUCAAGGGGCACAUGGUGGCCGGAUACGCAUGCCAGGUCGACUUCUCCCCCGACAUGAGCUACGUGGUGUCGGGCGAUGCGGACGGCAAGCUGAACAUCUGGGACUGGAAGACGACCAAGCUGUACCACCGCAUCAAGGCCCACGACAAGGUGUGCAUCAGCGCCCUCUGGCACCCCCACGAGACCUCCAAGGUCAUCACCUGCGGCUGGGACGGACAGAUCAAACUCUGGGACUAGACGAGAGGAGAGGAGGAUGGACAUGGUAUCCCGAGUGGAAUGGAGGAGAGGAGAGGGGGGUGGACAAUGUGGGAGUGGAAAGGAGAGGAGGAUGGCCACGUAUCCGCCAAAUAGAGAGGGCAAUGACUGGGAAGAUGAAAGGAUGGAGCAGCAAAAAACAAAAAAAGGAGAAACUGUUGAUGAACCCGAAGAGGAAG